UUUCAUCAGUGUAAAGACACCAACUCUUCUUCUCUUGUCACAGAUCUCUGUCAAACAUCAAGGACGUCUUUCUCCACUGCUCAGGAUUUCUUCUUCCAGAACUCAGAGCAGUGAAAAACUCCUCUGCUGACACCGGCAAAGUAUUUUUCUAUUUUCUGACAUCAAGGAAACUUUCCUCCAUCUAUUUCUCUUUUAAAGGAGCUCAUUAAGAAACUCCAGCGCUGCAGAGCUGUCUCUGUGAGGGACGUUUCAGGCUUUGGACAUUUCCAUCUUUCUUUUUCCGUCUUCGAAGACUUUUUCUUUUGACAGAUUUUUGAAGGUGGUUCUUCACAAAUGAUUUUCAGGGACAUUUUCCUCUGAGCCCGACGGUGAGACGAAACUAAAGACGCCACGAGGAGGGGACGUGAGGACAGCAAGAUCAGUGUGUGUGUGUGCUGUAGAGAGAAAAGGUUUGUGUUUGUGUGUUGUGUUGUGUUGUGUUGUGUUGUGUUGUGUUGUGUUGUGUUGCGUGCAUUCUCAUGUUUCCUUGCAUGUGCUUGCAGCUGGUUGUGUAUUUGAGUGUGUGUGUCCAGAUGCCACACACACCCACAGCUCACAGUGCGACGGCGACUCAGCUGCUUCUCGGUUUUUUUCCUGUUGCUCAACAUUUGUUGACUCGCUGUGAGAAAAAUAAAUCGGAUCCAUAAAGACAAAAUCUCAGCAUGAAAAAGAACAUUUCCAAACAUUUCUUGUGGAAAAGCUGCGGAGCCAAACCGGAGGUCAGGAACGUGCUGCUCUGAUUGGAGGAUUACGGACUGCACUCUUGUUCUUCUGUUUUUGUUUUUCAGCAGUUUUAUCUUGAGCUAUUUGGACUGUGCUGUCCUUUGAGGACACAGCCGUCGGUCAAGUCCUUAUUUUCCAAAUAACUGAGUUUUCGUUGAACCGAACAAAAAGUCUGAGGGAAUCCGGGAAAAAGCCUCAUGAUACGGAUAUUUUUCAUGAAAGCAGAGGAUCAUGGGAGAUAUAGAGGCAAAGAUAUGCUGAUGAUGGAAUUUUUUAUCUUUUAAAAUAAUCAAACACACCUGUGUAAAACAUAUCUGUGCAAUGAUAUGAGCUCAUACGUGUGUAUUCUCCUUUCUGGGACAUUUUCUAACAUCGUCAAUCUAAAAAUACAUUUCUUUUUUUUUCACUCCAAAAUGAUAUUUUUACACCGAGUCUUUCAGGAUCUGGGGUCCUGCGGCUGUCUCUGUCUCUAGUUGGACCACUUUAAACCAGACUGCUCAGAAACCUCAGAGACUUUUCUGCAGCGGAGGAUUUUGUGUGGACAGUGAACGCAGCAGCCAUGCUGCCUGGAGGACUGCUGUCAGGUGGAGGGGGUCGCGGCGGCGGGCUGUGCCUGCUCCGGUGGCUGGGCCUCCGGCUGUGGUCCCGUCGGGGGACCCUGGUGUUCGCUCUCCUCUGGUUCGGCUCCUGGUUGUUCCUGAACGGUCUGGUUCUGGUCCACAGGAGCAUCAUGUCCGACUACUGCACCGACGACAAGAGCAAGAGGAUCCUGCAGAGACUGUGUCUGGAGUUUGGCGAGGGCUCGGUGACGGGGGACAUGUGCGAGGAUCUGUGUGUGCUCGGCCUCGUCGAGUACAGGCGCUGCCUCUACUACGAGAACGGGAAGAAGGUGAUCGAGGCGCGCUGGAGAGGAAAGCCCAUCAUCCUCAAGUCCAAACUGGAGAAUUUCUCCUCCUACGAGCCGCUGGGAAUACUGGACUACCAGGACACGGCCGAGGAGCUCUCCCCUCUCGAUGUGGUUUUCUAUGCCACUCUGGAAGUACGGAACUCCCUGGGGCUGGCUGAGGAGGAGGAGGAGGAAGAAGGAGGAGGAGGAGGAGGAGGAGGAGGAGGAGGAGGAGGAGGAGGAGGGCACAACAGCUCUUUGGCCAGACUUUGGGGGAAGAAGCUGAAAAACAGAGAGAAGAGUUACUCCAGAGCAGAGCUGGCCUCACUCUGGUCCCUGCUGCAGCAGGAGGAGUACACCUUUCUCAGAGUCCUGCAGGACCUCAGCACCCACGUGGCAAAGGUGUUGGGUUCCUGUGGUCAUUUCUACGCCGUGGAGUACCUGUCCGCGGGACACGCCUGGGACCAGAACAUCUUCUCCCUGGAGGACGUGUCCGUUUCUGGGCCGCGGGGUCAGGACCGAGCCGGAGCCCGCGGGAGGUGGACCGCCAGGGAGAUGGUGCACCGCAUCGCCCUGAGUUUCCUGGACAUGGUGUGGCACUUUGACAACGACUUCACCCACAAACUGCACCUGUGUGACAUCAAACCGGAGAACUUUGCCAUCAGGACGGACCUGACGGUGGUGGCGAUCGACGUGGACAUGGCGUUCUUCGAGCCGAAGAUGAGGGACAUCCUGGACCAGAACUGCAGCAGCGAUGACGACUGUAACUUCUUCGACUGUUCGUCCAGGUGUAACCUGAACAAACGCAGGUGCAGCCCCCGCCGCAGGAACAGCAACCUGCAGGUGAUUUGUGAGAAGAUUUUCCGGCCGUGGUUCUCUCCGACUCUGCUCGGGGCCAAAGCAGGACUCCCUCUGCAGGUGGAGCUGCAGCGAGCCGUACAGCAGUGUUCAGAAACAGAUGGAGGUGUGGAGGAAGGAGAGGAUGGAGGAGGAGGAGGAGGCAGAGACAUCCAUCAGCGUCUCCUCAACAUCCUGACCCGCCUCCUCCAUGAGGGAGGGGCUUCAGGUGAAGGAGGAGGGGGAUGGGAGGAAAAAGGCCACGUCCACACUGCUCUGAACUUCUGAGGAGGUGAAAGGAAGUGUCCUACGAAGGCACCUACAGAGGGACUUUGAUGUUUCCUCAGGAACAGCAGCGGUGCCUGAAAUCCACUCGUCUCCAUGUUGGCUGAUGACACAGAAGUCAUCCACUGACUCGUCUUUCAGGGCCAGAGCUGCUAAAUAUGGACCAUUUACUGGAUUAUAUGUCCAAAAGUACGUGGACACCCCUGUCCCUGUGGCCUGUAGGUCUGAGUCUACUUGUCUUGAUAUGGACCACUUAGUUCCAGCACAGAGUCCUGACCUCAACCAUCCAACUGCCAGACCUCAUCACCUGUUCGGGAAUAACCUGUGCUCUUCUGUUUGAACCCCUGCAGCCACGUUCACGUCAGGACUGGACACUGAGUGAGACAACUCAGCGAUGCCUUAAGUGUCUUCUCAUCAGAGGAAUACGUUACGGAUCCUGUGCACAUGGAUCCUCUCUGAGUUCUUUCUUUACUAAACCACUUAGUCUCAGUGAGAUUUAAAAACCUCUCUCUCUCGUUCGAAGAGAGAAAAAAACAAAUGUGUAAAUAAAGUGUAGAUGCUGCUAAAAGCUGCAGGUAGACUGUAACACAAAGUAAGAACAAGCUAAGCUAAUGACUGAUGGCUCACCAUGGUCGUCUGCUGGGCACUGAAGUCUCACAUUAUACUUUCAUUUAGACUGAACUGAGUCAGAGAAAGCAGAGAAG